AAUUUGUGGAUAGAAAACAUAGCUUAAUGGUGGAGCUUCUUCCACGUGAUUUAAUCUUCAAUAAUUUGUUCUCUCUCUGGUUUCUAUUCUUGACUGGUCGAUGAGAGAGGAUAUAACCAAGUAAAGGUUUUAUCUCUGUAGACAUUAGCAGAGCAGAAAAUGGAGAUCGAUCUAUAUUUUGUACUUGGCAUUUUUGGAAAUGUUUUUGGAAUUGCUCUCUUUGUAGUCCCUCUAAUUACAUUCAUCGCUGUGGUAAAGAGGGGAUCCACAGAGGAAUACUCAGGCAUUCCAUAUGUGGCUGCACUCUUCAACUGUCUUGUCUACACAUGGUAUGGCCUUCCAUUGGUCACUUCUGAUAACAUUCUCGUCUCCUCUGUCAAUGGAUGUGGCGUUGUUUUGGAGAUUUUCUAUAUCUGUUUGUACCUGACGUAUGCUCCUUCAAAAUACAGAAUGAAAAUUUUGAUGCUGUUCAUUGGAGUUUUGGCUUUGUUUGCUGCAAUUGUUGCAGUUUCUGUUUUGGGUUUUCAUGACAUAGGACGGGAAUUGUUUGUUGGGAUCAUUGGGGUGACUGUUUCAGUGGCCAUGUUCGCUUCUCCAUUGUCUAUAAUGAAAUUGGUAGUCCAGACAAGAAGCGUGGAGUUUAUGCCCUUCUUCCUUUCAGUCAGUGUAUUUCUCUGUGGUUUCACCUGGUUUUUCUAUGGCAUUUUGGGCAGAGAUAUAUUUGUGGCGCUUCCAAAUGGAUUGGGGGCAUUGCUUGGUGCAGCACAAAUUCUACUGUACUGUGUGUACAGAAACUCCAGCCGCAAUAAUGAAGAUUAUGAAAGAUCUCUGCUCCAAUGAGACAAAUUCUUGGCUAUCGAUAUUUUUUUUGUGUUUUCCGUUGGAGUUUGGGUUAAGUGGCGUACAUUCCGCCGACUCGUUUUUUGUUAAUUUUAUUAAGUCGUACUUUAAAACGACUAAGAAAAUGGUAUUGAAAAUUAUCUACAUAGAAAAUCACAUGAAGUACGUGGAAGAAACGGAGGGAAUGGGAUAUCUAAAAUUAAUUUA